AGUAAGCACAAACAUAUUAAAAUUCUUUGAAUUAAUAGUUUCCUAGUUAAUUUUCACCUUUUCAUGAAGUCCGCGGCAUCGACAUAAAAUAUUAAAUAAUUUUAAAACUCUUUUUGGCUGUUUUUCAAAAAUUAACACCUUUGCUCUAAUUCAUGGUGAAGUUCUUAGGGAAACAGCCAUAUAAAUAAGCUUCAUUGGCAAUUUUUUGACAGUCUCGAAAUCGUGCAACAUUCGGAAGUAAGCAGUGGAAUCAAUCAGAAUAGUAUUCCUUUUUGAAACGACUAAAAUGAAAUUCGUCAUUACCUUUGCAUUUUUUGCGCUUUUUUCGCAAACCUUGGCAGUACAAGCACCAGUAGAACAUCACGUCGAAAUUGUGCGCCAGGAUGCAGAUAUCACGCCAGAAAACUACAAAUAUGGUUUCGAGACGAGCGAUGGUACUCAACAUGAUGAAGAGGGCCAGCUGAAGAAUGUCGGUACCGACGAUGAGGCAAUCGUUGUGAAAGGCUCAUACAAAUACGUUGGCGAUGAUGGUGUCACCUACGAAGUGAGCUAUACGGCCGACGAGAAUGGAUUCCAGCCUGUGGGUGAACAUUUGCCACAAGCUUAAGUAAGCAUACAUAGCUGCUGGAUAAAUUGAAGAGAGUCCAAGAGAAACCAAAAAGUGAUUUUCUCCCAAGUUGAGUAUAGUGUUUGGAUCGUUGUUGGCACAUAAAAAUGUGUUUAUGUUUGUUUAUUACUAUUGUUGGCUGAGCAUUUAAUAAAAAUUAAUAAAAAGUUAUAAAAAAUACAGAAUAUAGAAUAUUUAGGUGCAUAUACGAUUUUUGAAUAAUAGAAGCCUUGCAAUGAAACACACACUUUUGACACUGACUGAGACCGUAACAAUUUUUGUAUUUAUUUAUUUAAUAGUUUUUCACACACACAUAUCGUCUUCUACAACUUCCUGUUUUUGUUUUUUUGUUUUCCUAUUGUCUUCGAUGUACCUAAGCAAUUUUUUUACUAAAUUGGUUUUUAUCCUUUCGCUUCAAUUAGUGGCUCUAAACAUUUCCUUAUUUUGGUAUGUGUGCACCUUCUGGCUGGAAGCCGUUCUCAUCGGCCACAAAAUUAAUAGUGUAAGUUUGUCCAUCGGGCGCUACCCAAGAAAC